AUGACUGAACCUUCAGACAAUUAUUUUAACGAUGUUGAAAAUAAAAUAAAUUUGUUGAUAAGCCAUCAAUCCUCUACUAAGAAGGCUUACACUGAAAAAAUGAUGGAAUGCAAAAAAUUAUUCGAGAACAUAAUGUAUCAUGCAAGGGAACUUUUUAAAAAUGUUAACGAAUGGAAAUUUAUUGAAGACGACCUUAAUAAGUUGAAGAAUUGCGUAGAACAACUUAAUAAUAUUAAUGAGAAACAAUCAAUGAUCAUUGAUGAGUUCGUGAUCAUUGCUAAAAAUAUUAAUAAUAAGAUGAAAGAGCAAGAAAAAAAGAUGAACCGAUUAGAGGAUGAGAUCAAUUUACAUAAAGAGAUGAUUUACCAACAAAAAGAAAUUAUUAUACAACAAGGAAGAGAUAUCAAACAACUUGUAGAUUACAAAAAUCAAAUUAGCGUAUACAGCACUUACCGAGAUUGGGCUACGGAGUUCAAGAAGUUCAUUGUUGAGAAAAUAAAUAAUUCAGAAAUUGUUUUUUUGACUGAAAGUAAUACUACCUUUCAUAAAAAUCAACAAAGUAUUCAAGAAGCAAGAAAAGUUCUUGAUGAAAUUGCUUUCCCUAAAGAUAUGAAGGAACUCAAAAAUACUUUGCAGAAAACUCUAAAAGUUUUAGAAGAUUCGGGAUUGUAUAAAUAA